AAGAAUUUUCAAAUUUUUUCGUAACAUGUGAUCAAAUGUUGUCCUUUCAUAAUGUUCAGGAACUACUAAACUCUCAAGUUAAUUUUGAUCUCAUAAUAACUGAAACAUUUCUUACGGAUUGCUUUUUACCCUUCGUACACAAAUUCAAGGCACCUCAUGUAGCAAUGAGUUCAUGCAUAAUGUUCCCAUGGUCAAACGACCGCAUGGGAAACCCCGACAACCCGUCCUAUAUCCCCACACAUGGAACAUGGUUUUCUGACAAAAUGAACUUCAGUGAAAGGUUCUUCAACGCCAUUGCAAACAUCGCAUUUAAAUUUUUAUUCCAUGCUACUGAAAGAAUAGUAACUCAAAGUUACAUCCGCAAACACUUCGGCGACGAUGUACCAUUGCUGUCCGACAUCUCUAAGAACACGGAUCUUCUGCUGGUUAACUCUCAUUUCAGCCUCAACCGGCCACGGCCACUCGUUCCCGGCAUUGUUGAAGUCGGUGGUCUCCACAUCAAGCCGCCCAAGAAACUGCCAAAG